AUGUCCACCCAUGCAUCCACGCCUUCCUCUUCCCCUCGCAAACGUGCAGCCUCGUCCAUCUGCAAGCAAGAAGAAGAAGAAGCAGAAGAAGCAAACAAAGACUUGCGAGACAAAGCUUCAACCUCCAUCUCCGUGCCAGCCACACCGAUCAAGUGCAAGUCGCGCACAGCAGCAGCAGCAGCAGCCUGCAGCGUCCAGCAGCGUAGUCCCAAAAAGGCAAAGGGCGAGGUGGCAGCGGGAGGGGGCAAAGGGGGAGUGCAAAGCGUGCCUUGGACAAGACAAGAAGAUGAGGUUUGGGUCAAGGCGAUCAUGAAUCAGUUCAAACCCGACUGGAGGUGAGGCUGCGUAGCUUUCCAUCGCUUGAAUUUUUUUGCUCCCCAAUUCCCAUCGCUCCCCCAUCUUGUCGUCCGUCAUCAUGACACGCGCACCGCGUCGAUCGACCUGGCUCGUCGUCAUUCGUGAUUGCCAACAAAUACGCGCAUGCACGUGCACGACGUCGUCCUGAGCCAAACGUACUCGCGACUAACACGCUCUUCGUUGACUUUUACAUUUGCGAUUCGCAGCGCAUUGGCUAUCGACAUUGGUGAGCACAGGCAAUCUGUGUGGCUGGACAGACCCGAGCAAGAGUCUUGGGCUAUUCCUUCAGAUCUCUCCUGA